GAAUACUCCAGCAAAGCCUAUUGAACAUACUGCGAGACUCACUCGCUCUUUUUCUAAAAAGCUAAAGGAUCAAAAUACAGCAAAUGGAUCUACUGCUGAACCUUUAAUAAAAACUCCUUUAAAGAGAACCCCACGGUCUCUUAAAGAAAAGGCUUCAAAAAACACUGUCGAGAUGGUGGUUCCUACCACUACUUCGAUUGCUAUUGCUGCCUCUGCUGAGGAGCCUACUUCUGGUGUUUCUGAUUCUUUUGCUUGUGAUACUGCUGACACAGUGGAUAAAGCUACAGAAACUACUACUCAGGUCAUUCAUGAUGCCGCUACUCAGCAGAUUGCUACUGUAGAGGCUGUCGUUGCAGCUGUAUCCAAGGAUGAAUUCUCUGUGAUCGUUGCUGGAACUACUGCUGACGAGGCUCUUGAGCAAUCCACUCUUGAAACGGAUACUGAAACUCUUUGUGGAAAAAAGCGCUCGAUCAGCGAAACUGAACCGCUUGCCUAUUCUGCAGUUGUACUAGAUAUUGAAGGAACCACCACUCCCAUUUCCUUUGUGCAUGAUGUUCUUUUUCCUCAUGUUGUGACUUCAAUUGACACAUUUUUAUCUGAGAAAUGGGAUGAUGUUGAAUGCCAAGAACGAGUAGCUGAUCUCGUUAAACAGUCCGAGGCAGAUGUUGAAGCUGGAUUAAAAGAUGCUCGACAGAUUUUGAGCUCCACUACAGAUCGCACUGAAGCUCAGAAGAGUGUUUCUGACUAUGUCAAGUGGGUCAUGUCUAGUGAUCGCAAAGUCACUGCCCUCAAAGCUUUUCAGGGUUAUUUAUGGAGAUCUGCCUAUGAGAUUGGUGAUGUUUCUGGAGUUGUUUACGACGAUGCUUUUGAAGCGCUUAAGCAAUGGAAACAGCAGGGCGUGCCUGUUUAUAUUUAUUCGUCAGGGUCAGUUGAAGCACAAAAACUGCUUUUUAAAUACUCCGACAAGGGUAAUAUGCUUGAAUACUUUUCAGGACAUUACGACACAACUACUGGAUCCAAGAUAGAUCCCGAGUCGUAUCGUUUGAUCGCCAAUGAUAUUUUGCAAGAACCAAGCCAGAUACUGUUUGUGAGCGACAAUGUCAAAGAAAUUGAGGCUGCAUACGCUACUGGAUAUCAAGUUUGCAUUGCAGUGCGACCAGGAAAUGUUCCUAUUUCUGGCAGUGUUGAAGAAAAGUUUAACAUUAGCAGUGAUUUUACACUUCUUGUAAAUGGAAUCAAAUCGGAAAUUGGGGAAAAUAACGGGCAUUCAGCCAAGAUAGCUCGAGUGGAAACAGUUAAAAUGGAUAAAUAAAUUAAACAUCUUGCGGUCAUGCCGUGGUGUAGUUGGGU